UUUGGUCUUUCAGCUAUACCCUCCGAAUUAAACACUGUAGAAAGGAAGGCUGACAUCAUUGCACCGCAACAACGCCAACCUUCAGAAGCAGCAUUACCAGUAUUGCAACUCAUAAGCUGCGACCGAACUCACAAACGGUAUGACAUAUGUUCUCUCAAUGGCCCAACAAUCAUGGACCCAACAAAGUCGACUUUUCACGUAUUGGAUUCGUCCUCGACCACCUCAUCAUUGACAGUGUCGCAAAAAAUUCGUCCUUACCCAAGGAAAUGGGAAACUAACCUUGUAUGUUCUCAUAUAAAAGAGCUCACUCUCCUUGCUACUUCUUCAUCUCAGUUGGAAAACGUUCACUGCGAUAUCCACCACCGAAACCCCGCUCUUGUAUUCAGUUCAGGAGGUUAUACAGGAAAUCCGUACCAUGAUUUCGAUGACGGAUUCAUUCCCCUCUUCAUCACUCUUCGAACGGCUUACCCUUCUAGUGAAGAACAGCCUAUUCUUGUCAUCUCGAAAUGUGAAGACUGGUGGCUCAGCAAGUAUUCAGAAUUACUUGAAAUGUUCUCUCCUUACCCGAUUAUCAAUCUUGAUAACGAAACUUCAACUCAUUGUUUUCCAUCCGCAACUGUCGGCUUAAUAUCUCAUGGUUUCAUGACCAUUGAUCCCACAUUGUUACCCAACCCUGAAACGUUACGUGAUUUCCGAGCCUUACUUGAAAGUGCAUAUGCCAAAACAGGUCUUCAAACUAAUCCAACUAUCUCUGCAUUGUCAGCUUCAACACCAACACCCCGACCUCGUUUGUUAGUUGUGAGUCGCACCGGUGAAAAUGUUGGCCGGGUCAUGUCGAACCAAGCUCAAGUAGUAUUACUAGCGAAGGAGAUUGGUUUUGAUGUGACGGUUUUCGAGCCAACCAAAUUUACUUCUGUAACUGAAACUUACAGGUUGAUUAAUAGCGCUCAUGCAAUGAUGGGUGUUCAUGGAGCUGCAAUGACAAAUUUACUGUUUCUUCGGCCAGGAUCAAUUUUUAUGCAAGUUGUGCCGAUAGGUACAGAUUGGGCAGCAGAACAUUUGAGAAAAGCUUAUAAGAAGGCUAAGAAGUUCAUGGAUAAGGUGGGAUAAA